AUGCCAUCGACUUUCCGGUCAUCACGUUCCGGCCGUCAACUCGACGGUAACCGCCGAACCGGCCAAAUUGAUCACGAUGUCUUCGAAGGAUUACCUGUUCGCCGCUGGUCGCGUCAACCAUACACUCAUUCCCAAGUUGCCAAGACAGAAGACUCCGAUUUCACAGUACAGGGGCCCGGUGGAACUGCUGCACUGCCGGAGCUAGCUAUGCCGCGGGACAGCCAGCUUUUGGGCGCAAGCAGUCGCGCCCUCUUGCGCGCCGCUCGUGCUGGGUGUAUCUACAUCCACCAGAAUGCUCGUGCUCCUGAUGAGGACGACAAAACCGUUGCGGAUGGCGAGGAAGGAGCCGGUGCUCAUUCCGCGGAUCGCACUUUUACCAGUCGCAAAUGGAUGACACUUCCUAAACAUCUGGAGCCUGCGGAGGUGGAGUUUUUGGCGAAGAGACGAUCUGGCUUACCGUCUCUUUAUGGUGGUUCAACUUCUGUCGAUGGAUCUGGGUCUGGACCUGGUCCCAUGAGACGCACGAAGUUCAAGAAGACCGACCCUGAAACGGGCAAGAUCUCCAUUUAUGAAGCGUGGGUCCCCGAGGGACAUCGCAUUGAAGGCGAGAUCACUGGUGACGUCCAGGCUAUUGUUCAGCAGAGUGCCAUGCCUGUUAGUUCUGAGAUGCCCGCGCCUGGCACCGUUGUGGAAGGCGUUGGUAUUGUUAAUUCAGAGGGUGUCGUGGUUGCGGAAGCUGGCUCAGCUUCUGUGAUGACCCCACCCAAGAGACGACCCCCGCCACCAAAGCGCAAGGGUAAGGGCAUUGGCAAAGGGAGAAAGAAGAAGGUCAUGUUCGCCCCAGGAGAAGGAGCUGAUGCUUCGACUGUGCAUGGCGUUCCUUCUGGUACAGGUGUUGGUGAUGGUGCUCCUAAGGACGGACAGGAUGCUUCACAGAUGUCAAUCGACCAAUCUGGCCAGGACGACGAUGAAGAUGAUGGUGAGGAUGUCGAUGACAGUGAUGAGGGAGACGAGUCCAUGAUGGAUGCGAAAACUCCGGAAACCCCACAAGCCCCAUCCGUCGCCGAGUCUGGGGACCAGCCCACAGUUGAUACUCCAGCUGAUUCCAAGGAUGUUGAAAUGUCCGACGCGACUUUCGAGCCACAACCCAAUGUCUCAGAGCCUACUGUGACGGGACAAGAAGCGGUCCCACCACCCUCGGCGACAUCUGAGGCACCGCAAGCCGAACCCCAGGCUCCGGCUGCUUCUGACGCACCUGCUCCUGCUACAGAGAAAAUCGAAAAUGUCUCAACUGAACAACAUAGUGGUCUUGAUUACCAAUUAGCCGGUGCGGGAUCACUAGAAGAACCACCUGCAGCGCCCCAUCAACCCGAGGCCCCAUCUCACUUGGCAUCAGAGACGGUGCCCAAGGAGGAGUCUGUAGCUCCUGAGCCCACUCCUGCCGCUGGAGCACACGCUACUUUGCAUUCUAUCCCCGCAGAGCCCGUGCCAGAGCCAGUUCAGGUGGCGGCGGAGGUUCCAGUAACCGGAUUCAAGGAACAACCACAGCCACCCGUUGAAGACGCCUCGGCAUCUACUAGUCUUGAUCGGCCGAUUGGGAAAAUUCCUACAGAGACGUCGAAUGAGCCGGACCGAAAACCAUCCGAACCCAUCGACGCACCUAUCCCAUCUCCAGCUGAAAACCAAAAUAACGAGCCUGCUCCUGCUUUGAAUGAGACAAAGAGUGACCAGGAUUUCCCCAGUGUCUCUGAUCCUAGCCUUGAUUCCGCAAAGCCCAAUGAAGAUGUGAAAAUGGGUUAUGCUCACUCAGAAACCCCGCAACCAACCCAACCAGAGGAACCUAUUGCACCCGAGGCUGCUGCUACAAAGCCCGCCUCCCCCUCACCUCCAGUAAACCAAGCCCCUAUCGAUGAGGCUCCCCAGCCCUCUCCCCUGGAGCCAGCCGCUGCAACCUCGACGACCGAGGAAAAAGUUCCAGGUACAGGGGUCCAACCAGAGGAGCCAGCUGAGACAUCACCGCCUGUGCCAACCGAAGAGGUAGUCCAGCAAGAGGCAGAACCUGCACCUACCCCUGCGCCUGCACCUGCUUCUGUGCCUGCUUCUGCUCCGGCUCCAGCCCCGGCUCCCGGAGAGAAAAAAAGAUGA